CGACGCACUCUAUCGCCCUCAUCGAGCAUAGCGGAAGGAACGGGAAACAAUCCCCAAUUCCCAAACACCGGCUCGCCGGCAAUGUCCCUCCGCAAGCGCCAGCGGUCGGCGAGCAGCUCCCGCCUCGCCACCCUCUCCUCGCCGCCGUCGCCUCCCCGCGCCGCCUCCUCCUCCGCCUCCUCGCCCCUGCUCUCCUUCCCCAAAGCCGACCUCUUCCUCCGCCUCCACCUCGACCCCUCCCCCUCCCCCGACGACGACGACGACUGCCACCCCGCCCCCGCCCCGUUCCUCGACCUCCACGUCUCCUCGGCCUCCCUCAACCGCUCCCGCUACUUCGCCGCCCUCCUCUCCGACCGCUGGUGCCCUCCCCCAUCCUCCUCCUCCUCCCCGGCCGGCCGCCUCUCCCUCGCGGUGCCCGUCUCCUCCCCCUCCUGCCCCCGCCCCUUCCACGCCCACGUCGAGGUCCUCCGCCUCCUCCACACGCUCGACUUCGCCGGCACCAUCCGCGCCCCCGCCGACGCCCUCGACCUCCUCCCCGUCGCGCUGCAGCUCCUCUUCGACGCCUGCGUCGAGGCCUGCAUCCGCUUCCUCGAGGCCGUGCCCUGGUCCGUGGACGAGGAGGCGCGCGUGCUCGACAUAGCGCCGCUCCUCCCCGCCGACGAGGCCGCCGACCUCCUCGCCAGGGUCUCCCUCCCCCCCACCGCCGCCUCCGUCGCCGCCGCCGCCGCCAGGUCCCCCUCCGAAGCCAUGCUUCACGGCCUGAUCCACUCCGCCAUCCACGGCCACCCCGUCCCCGCCGCCACCAAGGCCUUCGUCGCCAUGCUCCUCAAGGACUACCCGUCCCGCGACUGCGUGCACAAGGUGCUCGACGAGGCCUUCCUCUCCCGGCUCGACACCGUCAAGGAGCUCAUGGGCAAGUACGCCAGCCCCGACUUCAGGAUCGCCGUCGACAGCGACGAGCGCGAGGCCAUACAGAAGCUCAACCUGCACUCCGCGGUCUUGAACGUCAAGCAUCUGCUCUGGCUCAUUGAGAGGAUGGUGGAUAUGCGGGUGGCUGACAACGCGGUUAAGCUCUGGAGCGAGCAGGUUGCACUCGCUGCCGAUUUGCAGAAGUUGCUCACUGAUGCUGACAUGUGGAGGAACAUGGCCCCUGGGCUCCCGAUGCUCGUCACCAGGUGCACUCUCAGGCUCGCCAAUUCAGUUGUCAUUGGGGAGACGCUGGUUUCUCGGCAGGUGAGGAUGAAGCUCGUCAGAAGUUGGCUUCCUGUCCUAAAUGUCUGCAGGGACAUCGCUCAACCCAUGCACAGCGGAUACAAGUCAACAAACUGCCAAGAGCUGGAGGAGACAUUUCUUCAGAUCAUCUCUACGUUGCCUGUCCAGGACGCUCAGGAGCUGCUGCAACAAUGCCUUGGCUUCUCUACUCGCAGCGUCGAUGACUGCCAGCAUUUGGUCGCUGCCUUCAAGACAUGGUUCAGGCGUGCUGCAAGGGCUCCACAGGGUGGGGAAGACUGAGAGAUGGAACUGCUGCUCAUGUUUCGGCACAGCGUAUGCUUCAUUGUAUAUUGGAACCUGUAAUUAUGUGUAGGCUUCUCUGAAUAAUUUUAAUAAUGUUUACCCUAGUGUUGCCUUUUUGUAAAUAUUUUGACGGAAGAUAUUUGACUGUGCAUUGAGCUA